AGGACUGAAUUUGAAGGCCGAGGCGGGAAGAUGGUGGUCGCGACUGUCACCAGGCUGUGGUUCUCCGGCAUGGGAGGCCUCUGGGACUGUGUGGUGCCCUGAACAACCGAGAGGAGUUUGUUUGCAAUGAGUCUUCCGCGCCGGAGUGGGAAACGGCGGCGUUCAGCGUCCGGCUCCGACUCGUUCUCGGGAGACGGUGAUAGCUAUGUCAGCCCUCAGCUGCCGUCUAGGCCGGUUCUGAGUCCACCUCCGGCGCUGGGACGCCGCCUGAGAGCCUCAGGUGCAGGGACAUGCAAGCAAAGAGUUUCUGAUGACCAGAUAGACCAACUGCUAUUGGCAAAUUGGGGACUUCCUGAAGCAGUUUUGGAGAAAUACCAUAGUUUUGGUGUAAAGAAGAUGUUCGAAUGGCAGGCAGAGUGUCUUUUGCUUGGACAAGUCCUGGAAGGAAAGAAUCUAGUUUAUUCAGCUCCUACAAGUGCUGGGAAGACUCUGGUUGCAGAGUUACUUAUUUUGAAGCGGGUUUUGGAAAUGCGGAAGAAAGCUUUGUUUAUUCUGCCCUUUGUAUCUGUGGCUAAAGAGAAGAAGUACUACCUCCAGAGUCUGUUUCAGGAAGUAGGAAUAAAAGUAGAUGGCUACAUGGGCAGCACCUCACCUCCUGGACGCUUUUCCUCCUUGGACAUUGCUGUUUGCACUAUCGAGAGAGCCAAUGGGCUGGUCAAUCGCCUCAUUGAGGAAAAUAAGAUGGAUUUGUUAGGAAUGGUGGUUGUGGAUGAAUUACACAUGCUGGGGGACUCUCAUCGAGGAUAUCUUUUGGAACUUUUACUGACCAAGAUUUGCUAUGUUACUCGGAAAUCAACAAUGUGCCAGGCAGAUUCAGCCCGUGCUUUGUGUAAUGCUGUGCAGAUUGUUGGCAUGAGUGCUACUCUUCCUAAUUUGCAGCUCAUAGCUUCCUGGUUGAAUGCUGAACUUUACCAUACUGACUUUCGCCCUGUACCACUUUUGGAAUCAAUAAAAAUAGGAAAUUCCAUAUAUGACUCUUCAAUGAAGCUUGUAAGAGAAUUCCAUCCUGUGCUCAAAGUAAAGGGAGAUGAAGAUCACAUUGUUAGUUUAUGUUAUGAGACUGUUUGUGAUAACCAUUCAGUAUUACUCUUUUGUCCAUCGAAAAAAUGGUGUGAAAAGGUAGCAGAUAUCAUUGCUCGAGAGUUUUAUAAUCUACACCAUCAACCCGAGAGAUUAGUAAAAUCAUCUGAAUUUCCACCAGUGAAUCUAGACCAAAAGAGCCUUCUGGAAGUGAUGGAUCAGCUAAAACGUUCGCCUUCAGGACUAGAUUCUGUAUUGAAGAACACUGUGCCAUGGGGGGUAGCAUUUCAUCAUGCAGGUCUUACUUUUGAGGAGAGAGAUAUCAUCGAAGGAGCCUUCCGUCAAGGUCUUAUUCGGGUCUUGGCAGCAACGUCUACUCUUUCUUCUGGAGUGAAUCUUCCUGCUCGCCGGGUGAUUAUUCGCACUCCCGUUUUCGGUGGCCAGACUUUAGAUAUUCUCACUUAUAAGCAGAUGGUUGGCCGUGCUGGCAGGAAAGGAGUAGACACAAUGGGUGAAAGUAUCUUAGUUUGUAAGCCCUCUGAGAAAUCAAAAGGCAUUGCUCUGCUUCGAGGAUCUCUGGAACCUGUGCACAGCUGUCUGCAGAGACAAGGAGAAGUCACUGCCAGUAUGAUACGAGCGAUUCUGGAGAUAAUCGUUGGUGGAGUGGCAAGUACAUCACAAGAUGUGCAGACUUAUGCCUCCUGCACAUUCUUGGCUGCUGCUGUAAAGGAAGGGAACCAGGGGAUUCAGAGAAAUCAAGAUGAUGUUCAGCUUGGAGCAAUUGAUGCCUGUGUGACAUGGCUAUUAGAAAAUGAGUUCAUCCAGGAGGCAGAGCCCAGUGAUGGCUCAGGAGGAAAGGUGUAUCACCCUACACAUCUUGGAUCGGCUACUCUUUCUUCCUCACUCUCUCCAACUGAUACCCUAGACAUUUUUGCUGACCUCCAAAGAGCAAUGAAAGGUUUUGUUUUAGAGAAUGACCUUCAUAUUGUCUACUUGGUUACACCUGUGUUUGAAGACUGGACUGGCAUUGAUUGGUAUAGAUUUUUCUGUUUAUGGGAAAAAUUGCCCACUUCUAUGAAAAGAGUAGCAGAACUGGUUGGAGUUGAGGAAGGGUUCUUGGCUCGCUGUGUGAAAGGAAAAGUGGUAGCCAGAACUGAGAGACAGCAUCGACAAAUGGCCAUCCAUAAAAGGUUUUUCACAAGUCUUGUGUUAUUGGAUUUAAUAAGUGAAAUUCCCUUAAAGGAAAUUAAUCAGAAAUAUGGAUGUAAUCGUGGCCAGAUUCAAUCUUUGCAACAGUCGGCUGCUGUUUAUGCAGGAAUGAUUACAGUGUUUUCCAACCGUCUGGGCUGGCACAACAUGGAACUACUACUUUCCCAGUUUCAGAAGCGUCUUACCUUUGGCAUCCAGAGGGAGCUGUGUGACCUCAUCCGGGUGUCCUUACUGAAUGCCCAGAGAGCCAGGUUCCUGUAUGCCUCUGGCUUUCUCACUGUAGCAGACCUUGCCAGAGCUAAUAUUGCGGAGGUGGAGGUGGUUCUGAAGAAUGCUCUGCCUUUCAAAAGUGCCCGAAAGGCAGUAGAUGAAGAAGAGGAGGCAGCCGAAGAACGUCGGAAUAUGAAAACCAUUUGGGUGACUGGCAGAAAAGGUUUAUCUGCAAGGGAAGCAGCAGCCUUAAUAGUGGAGGAAGCUAAAACAAUUCUGCAGCAGGACUUACUUGAAAUGGGAGUGCAGUGGGAUCCAAAUUUAUCCUUGAGUUCUAGCACAUAUUCACUGACCAGUAGUGAGUCAGAAGUAAAUGAAUGCACACUUCAAUCACAGACUAAGAGUUCUCAUAAAAGGAUGACAUCAAAGAACAGAAACAGAAUGAGAGCAAGUGAUUCUAAUGAUGAGCCAUUACCAGAUACAGCACAAGGCUUAGGUGAACACAAAGAGCAUGCAGAGUCCCUCUGUUUGUUCCAGGGGAAUCACCAGCACCAGCCACAUUUCAUUUGCAGAGCAAGAAAACGAACUUUGGGUAUAAACAAAGAAAAGCUUCGAAUGUCUGUGAAUGGAGGACAACAAAACACUAAGGAAGUUCUGCAAGCUUUCUCAUCGGAGAAAACAAGAAAAGCUGCUUUGAGUGCUAGUUCAGAGCAGACGAAUAUCAGUUUCCCAUCUUGGAAAGACAGAAAGUAUCGAAAAAAAUCAUGGGUCAGUAGCCCAGUGCAUGACUCCGGGGCUAAUCAUCAUAAAGAUGAUUUCCAGGGACACACUGUGUACAGAUCUACUCUAUGUGAAGAGCCACUUUCCUUAGACAAGCAGAAUAUAGAAUUUAGAAGUUCAGGGUUACUUACAAAAACUGUAUCUUUUUGUGCCAAGGAAAAAUACAACAAAACCUCAUUCCCUUUACAAAUGCAGCAGCCUUGCCUAAGGAAAAAAACAGGAAGUAAUGGUGCUGUAGAACAUUUCGUUUCAGGAUCUCAGAGUAAAAAUGUGACUGGUCAGUCUCCUGGCAUUGCUAGCAAUGGAAGAGGAUUGGCUGAUACUGAGACAGGAAAGAUAAAUAUGAUACUCAUAGAGAAUGGUACAGAAAGUCAGAAUGUUUCUGUGAAACACCAUGACACCCAUCCAGUUAGCCAGUGCCUGGAAAAUCAGUGUGACAAACAGACAAACACUUGCACCAAGCAGAAAACAUUAAUAGAGAGACAAGUGUCCUGUGAAGCAGUUAGUUACAUGGCCAGAGAUGCAAAUGAUGUUUCAACUAUCAACUGUGGAAGCAUAAAGCUUCAUAAAGAUGAGUCAAAUCACUGUCGGGCAUUGGGAAAUAAUACAGGCAAAAGUAAGGCACCUAGUGCAUUACUGCAGUUAGCUGCAGAACUCAGUCAAGCAGGUGGCCAGCAUGAGCAUCUUCUAAAUUCUUCUGGAAUACAGGAAAAAACAGAUGCUUAUGCAACAAAUAAAACUGAACAUUUUCAUGCUUCUAACCUAGCCCCCUGUGACUUUGGAGAUAGCUUCUAUCUGGAUACUCAGUCAGAGAAAAUAAUUGAACAGAUGGCAACUGAACAUGCCAAGCAAAGAACAAUGGUGGCAACAGAGAAGGACUCUGACACUGGGAACUCAGGGAGCUUAUUUCAGAACGAGUGUCACAGUACUCGAGAUGAUCAGCACUUCCAAAGAGCAGCUGACACAGACCGUUUGGACAGCAAGAGUGUGGAGACCACAAAACAGAACCCUGAAAAGGGCAUUGGUAGACUAACUCCAGAAAGCAUCAUUUUCCACUCUCCAACACCACAGGGGGAAAAUGGCCCUUGCUUUAGAGCGAAUGAGCAGUCUGUUACUGAUUCCCAGCUAAACAGUUUUCUUCAGGGUUUUGAAACACAAGAAAUGGUUAAACCAGUACAACCUCUGGCUCCUCCAGUGGGAACUCCUACUGGUUUGGAGGAAGAAAAUCUGCCUGAAACCAGUUUGAAUAUGAGUGACAGUAUACUAUUUGACAGUUUUGGUGAAGAUGGCUUAGUAAAAGGACAGUCACCUGAUGUACAGGCAAAGCAGCCCCUCUUUUCUGAAAUGACACUAAGCCAUCUCAGCAGUUCUCCGUGCCCACCAGAAGACCCAGUCGUGAAGGCAAAUGUGAACGAACAUCAGGGUAUUCAGCGACAGGUGGCUUGUUCCAGUGGUGAAUCUGCUAUAUUUUCAGAGGUGGAUUCUGCUCAGAUGAUUGAAGCCUUGGACAAUAUGUCCGCAUUUCAUAUCCAAGAGAAUUGUAACUCAGUAGCCCUUAAGACAUUAGAACUCAGUGAUUCUGCAAUGCUGGGUGAUGAGUGUCCUCAAGGAAAAGUGGUCAGAGGAGAUAAAAUUGAAAGGGCCCAAAUAUCCAAACUCACUGAGACAAAUCAAGAUAAUUCAUUCGCUUGGUCAGGAGCAUCAUUUGACUUAAGUCCAGAACUGCAAAGAAUUUUAGACAAAGGGUCUAGUCCUCUAGAAAAUGAAAGACCCAAAUUAACACAGGCAAGUUUAUCUUGUUUUGAAAGAAACGGCACAGAGUUAAAUGAGAGACAGGAAAUGAAUCCAAAUUUGGAGACCAUUCAAGUUCAGAGAACUUCACUUAUUCUCAGUAAUGAAGUUCAAAACAGGAAUGAGGGGGUAGGGAAUAACACCAGGCAUGGUGGGACCUUAUAUCCCUCAGCUUGUAAAGAAAGUGACACAGCUGAUGACAAUGGCCUCAUUCCUCCUACACCCAUUCUUGCUUCUGCGUCUAAGAUGCCAUUUCCAGAGAUUCUUGGAACAUCUGUAAACCAUCAGAAAGCUGACAGUGUUUUUCUGCCAGGUGAAAGAUGUUUAUUUGGCUCUCCUUCAGAUAGUCAAGAGCAUAGAGACAGCUCCAAAGACGAUGGUUCAGUUGGAGAUACUAGUUUUUCUCUGCAGUUCUCUCAGGAUGAACUGCAGCCAACUCCAGCCUCGUGCAUCUCCGAAAGCUUGGCCAUAAUUGAUGUAGCAAGUGACCACACUCUGUUUCAGACGUUUGUGAAGGAGUGGCAAUGCCAAAAGCGCUUUUCCAUCUCUCUGGCUUGUGAAAAGAUUAGAAGUCCAACAUCUUCCAAAACCACUACUAUAGGGGGAAGGUUGAAGCAAGUUAGCUCCCCUCAGGAGACCUCUGCUGAAGAAGAUGGCUUUCCUGUCCAUGGCUCUGAUGGUGUCGUGGUAGUUGGACUAGCAGUGUGCUGGGGUGGAAGGGAUGCCUAUUACUUGUCACUGCAGAAGGAACAAAAGCAUUCCGAAAUUAGUCCCAGUUUGGCCCCACCUCCUCUGGAUACAACAUUGACUGUGGAAGAGAGGAUGGAGCACCUUCAAUCCUGCUUGCAAAAGAAAUCUGACAAAGAGCGGACUGUGGUCACCUAUGACUUCAUCCAGAGCUAUAAAGUCCUCCUCCUGUCCUGUGGUGUCUCCCUGGAACCCAGUUAUGAAGAUCCCAAGGUGGCAUGCUGGCUUCUCGAUCCAGACUCUAAGGAGCCAACUCUCCAUAGCAUAGUGACCAGUUUCCUCCCCCAGGAGCUUCCACUGCUAGAAGGAAUAGAGACGGGCCAAGGGAUUCAGAGCCUGGGGCUAAAUGUGAACACUGAGCAUUCUGGGCGGUACAGAGCAUCUGUGGAAUCCAUUCUCAUCUUCAACUCCAUGAAUCAACUCAACUCUUUGUUGCAGAAGGAAAACCUUUACGAUAUUUUCUGUAAAGUAGAGAUGCCUUCCCAGUACUGUUUGGCCUUGCUAGAACUGAAUGGAAUUGGCUUUAGUACUGCAGAAUGCGAAAGUCAGAAGCAUAUCAUGCAAGCCAAGCUGGACGCCAUUGAGACUCAGGCCUAUCAGCUAGCUGGCCACAGCUUUUCCUUUACCAGUGCAGAUGACAUCGCACAGGUUUUAUUUUUGGAACUGAAACUACCACCAAAUGGAGAGAUGAAAAUUCAAGGCAGCAAAAAAACUUUGGGUUCUACCAGAAGAGGCAAUGAGAAUGGCCACAAACUAAGGCUGGGAAGACGGUUCAGCACUAGCAAGGAUGUUUUAAAUAAAUUAAAGGCCUUCCAUCCUUUACCAGGCCUGAUACUGGAAUGGAGAAGAAUCAGUAAUGCUAUUACCAAAGUGGUUUUCCCUCUGCAGCGGGAAAAGCGCAUGAACCCUUUUCUCAGAAUGGAAAGGCUCUACCCUGUGUCACAGUCACACACGGCUACAGGACGGAUAACCUUUACAGAACCUAAUAUCCAGAAUGUGCCAAGAGAUUUUGAGAUUAAAAUGCCAACACUAGUAAGGGAAAGCCCACCUUCUCAAGCUCCAGGCAAAAAUCUGCUUCCAAUGACCAGAGGACAAAAUAAGAAGUUUUAUGGCCUGCACCAUGGGGAUGGGACACUGAUGGAAGAGAAAGCCUCAGAUAGAGGGGUGCCAUUUUCAGUGAGCAUGCGCCAUGCCUUUGUACCUUUCCCAGGGGGUGUAAUUUUGGCUGCUGAUUACUCCCAGCUUGAAUUGAGGAUCCUGGCUCACCUGUCACGUGACUGUCGCCUCAUUCAAGUCUUAAACACUGGAACUGAUGUUUUCCGGAGCAUUGCUGCCGAGUGGAAGAUGAUCGAGCCUGACUCUGUUGGGGAGGAUCUGAGGCAACAAGCAAAGCAGAUUUGCUAUGGAAUCAUAUAUGGGAUGGGAGCUAAAUCCUUAGGAGAGCAGAUGGGCAUUAAAGAAAACGAUGCUGCUUGCUAUAUUGACUCUUUCAAGUCCAGAUAUACAGGAAUUAAUCAUUUCCUGAAGGACACAGUAAAGAACUGUAGAAGAGAUGGAUUUGUUCAAACCAUUUUGGGAAGGAGAAGAUAUUUGCCAGGAAUCAAAGACAACAAUCCUUAUCAUAAAGCUCAUGCUGAACGUCAAGCCAUCAACACAACAGUCCAAGGAUCGGCUGCUGAUAUAGUUAAAACAGCCACAGUUAACAUUCAGAAGCAAUUAGAGACCUUCCAUUCAGCCUUCAAAUCCCAUGGUCAUCGGGAAAGCAUGCUCCAGCAUGGCCGAACAGGAUUGUUGCCAAAGAAAAAACUGAAAGGGAUGUUUUGUCCAAUGAGAGGGGGCUUCUUUAUCCUUCAACUUCAUGAUGAGCUUUUAUAUGAAGUGGCAGAAGAGGAUGUCGUUCAGGUAGCUCAGAUUGUCAAGAAUGAAAUGGAAUGUGCUGUAAAACUUUCUGUGAAGCUGAAAGUGAAAGUGAAAAUGGGUGCCAGCUGGGGACAGCUGGAGGACUUUGAUGUGUGAUGAUGCAGGUAACCAGGUCCCCAGACCAGCCUGGUGAAGACAGUCACUUAAAAAGCAUAGACUGCCCUUCUACCUGCUUCAUGAACUCCAGCUCUCAAGUCGAGAUGCACUUAAAUGAGCAAUUCUGUAGCCAGUCUCUAUGUAAACCGAGGUCUAUUCCCUGUAGUGUCACAAGAUUUUGAGGGGAGACUUACUAGCUAUUCUCACCCUUAGAGUGUCUAUGAAUUUGCCUUUCCUAAUUUAUUGUACCUCUAAACAGUCUUGAGAAAUGCACUUAGCACUUUGGAUCCUCAUCUGUGUAAUGGAAGGACUAGAUCUGCUGCCUUGGGGCCUUUUUAUUCCUACCAAGGACUUUGGCACUCAUGAUGUACUUCCCCCAAGAGCCACAGGCAGUGUUGAGUUUCCAUACAUUAGAGUUAUGCAGUGUGUGGUCUUUAUCGUCCAAUAAAGACGUCUGAAGUAGAAUUUAAAUUGCAAAUAAAUCAGGAUUCUCUAAGCAGGAUGUAUGGAAGGAGUCCAGAAACAAAUUUUCACAAACUGUCACUUGUUCUUUUUUCCUCACAAUUCCCACAAUGAGCAUAUUAGAAAUACUCUUAAAAUGAGUCGCUCCCCAUAAGAAGUGUCCUGUCAGAUCACACAUUGGUUGUAGUUGAACCUAACACUGCCAGGCCAGGAAAAUACCCUUUGCCAGCCCCCUAGUGCCCCUGUCUGUGUUUGUGAUAUAGAAAGACUAGUCAGGCUCAAAACACUGACUUUUAUACUCCCAACUGAUAAUUUUUGCUGUUGAGAUAAAUUUAUGAGAACCUUAUAUCUGAUUUUUAAAAACAAUUUGGUCUAAGAGUAUCAGAAACCUCCUUUAUUUAGUUUUCUCAUUUAAGAAAUGUUUAUUAUACUCUUAGUUAUCAAAUUAUUUUAUGUGUGUGUUAAUCAUGACGGAGAGAGACACCUGCUUCAUCAGAUACAGUUGGUUAGAUGGAUGUGGAGGGGCAGGAGAUGCCUCAAACUUUGUCCCGACUCCUCUGCUUUUAAAGGAGAUAGGAUUAUAGGCAUGAAUUGCCACACACAUAAUCAACUGGGCAAAGAAGAAGCCUAUAGAAUGGGAGAGAAUCUUUGCUAUCUACACAUCUUACAGAGGAUUAAUACCCAGAAUAUAUGAAGAAAACUAAAAUAACCAAACAACCCAUUUUAAAAAAUGGACUUGUUAAUUGAACAAAGUUCUCAAAAGAAGAAAUAAAAAUAGCUAGGAAAUAUCUCAAAAGUGCUUAUCACUAGCAAUUAGAGAAAUGCAAAUCAAAAAAAGUUUGAAUGUUACCCUAAUUAGAAUGGCAAAGAUCAACAAAACAACUGACAACAAAUAUUGGAGAGGAUCUGGAGAAAAGGAAACCCUCAUUCACUGUUGGUGGGAUUGCAAACUGAUCCAGCCACUCUGAAAAUCAGUGUGGAAAACCUCCAAAAGCUAAAACUAAAUCUGCCACAUGCUCCAGCUAUUCCACUCCUUGCCCAAAGGACUUAGCAUCUUACUACACAGACAUUUGUUCAGUUGUGUUCAUUACUGCUCUGUUCACAAUAGUUAGGAAAUGGAAACAACCUAAAUGUCCUUCAACUGAUGACUGGACAAUGCAGAUGUGGUACAUAUGUACUGUGGAAUACUAUGCAGCCGUAAAUAAAAAAACGCCAUUUGCAGUUGAA